AUGCAGUGCAGUUGUCCUUCCAAGCUCAGAGCACACCAGAUGAAACACUCGGAGGAGAUCUCUUCCGGAAAGAUCAUCGGAUACAACAGGCAGAAUGGGCGGGGUGCCAUCCGUGACGAUGCUUCCUGCCAGAAUGCUACAUUCACAUGGAGGAGUUUGCCAAAGCGUUUCAGAUUUGCACAUCCGCGGGAUCUCGAAGAUGCGCAAGUAAAGUUCCACUUCCACAAAGAGAAAGGGCAAUACACGUCUGCUUGGCACAUUGAAGUGUUGCAGCUCCCUGGCCGUUCGGAGCGCGUUGCCUUGGGUGGCAAGUUGCUACACGACUACGAUGUACGAGUGCAUGGCCACAUCGCCGAGUACCAGGACAUGGACUCUUUCGGCUUUCUAUCAGUGGAGAUUGACUUCUCCGGCCUAUCUCAUGGUUCAUCAGACUACCAGGCCCUGAGCAAGCUCUGUACCAGACUCUUCUUCCACAGCUCAGAGCUUCCGUACCAGCUGUGCUCUUGUCGCAGAUCUUCGGACCUCUGCGGUACAAAGGUUGAGUUCAAAGUCGUGGUCGACAGCGAAAGCCAGCAGAAAGCUGUGAGGCUCUGCUUGCUGGAAGGCGUCGUUCCCAAGAGAAGGAAGUCCGACAAUCACAUCAGGUGCAGCCGGGCGCAGGAAAGGCGCGAUCAUCGUUUCAUCUUCGAGGCUGACCUCGCAGAUCCCUUCUUGGCUGAACAAGAAGAGCUUUUGGCAGCAGGUUUCCAGAGCUCGUGA